CCGCAGAGAGCUAUAGCUGGUCGCUUUCCUUUGACGUCCACCACCACCUUUGUGCUUUCCUCGCUUUAUAUAUCAGUAGUAGAAAGAUAGGAACUCUAUUAGAUUUUCCAUUUUUCCAUUAGAACACAACUAGAGGGCUACACCUAUUAGAGCUUCUUCACGAGCACGACCCACCAGAAAUAUAUAAUUUUAAUUCUAGAUGUUCGUUUUAGUUUUAGACACUGUUGAAUACCAUCCAUUUAUCCAGCAUCAGCUCGAGAUCCCAGCAUCAAGUCCAGCACCAGGAGCAGAGGCGGAACUACAAUAUCACCACGUCGAUCACCUCUACGACAACGUGAGCAGCGCCAGGGCCACGCCCGAGCUUUCCCCGGUCGGCGAGGUUUUUGCGUUUCUUUACUUUCUGAUCAUCUUCACCAACUUCUACAAAACCUGGGUGCAGGUGUACUGCGAAUUGACGGACUUCACCCCGGAGAUUCAUUUGGCGCUCUUUGUCCUUCCCGGCACGGGUCCGGAGUUGCGACGACACCUGGUACCGGCGGCGAGCAACUUUCAACCGCACGAAGUGACGCUGAGUGACGCCGAAGUGAUUAGGAGCAUCGCGGUUUGA